AUGGUUGAGUGCAACUCAAGGUAUGAAAUGUACAAUACAUUAAAUCUCCACAGCGCCUAUCAUCAGAUACCAAUUAAGGAAGAAGAGAGUCAUUUUACAACUUUCGAAGCCAGAGGCAACUUGUACCAUUUUAAGCAUAUUCCCUUCGAGGUCACCAAUGGAGUUAUUUGUUUUCAACGCAUCAUGGACAAUAUGAUUAGAGAAGAGAAGAUCAAGAAUACGUUUGCAUACUUGGAUAAUAUUACCAUUUGUGGAGAGAAUCAAGAAGACCAUGACAAAAAUCUCACUCACUUCCUUGACUGUGCUAAGAAGUAUAACAUAACCUUCAAUGAAAAGAAGAGCAUUAUCGUAAAAGUGAAAAAUGCCUUUGAGUAUCUGAAAGUAGAAAUCACAAAAGUAAUUGUUGUGACUAUUAACCCGACUCAGCCCCUAAUGGUUGAGACAGAUGCCUCAGACAUAGCUGUCGCAGCAACUCUUAAUCAAUGUGGAAAACCCGUUGCCUUUUUCUCAAGAUCACUGAGUCCAAGAAUCUCUAGAAUGUUUCACUUUGAAAAAUCUAAAAACUUACCUUUCUCCAUCGAAGUGAAGCAAAUGACUGCAAACUGUAACGUCUGCCGUGAACUCAAACCUUCUUUUUACCAACAUUCUGACUCUCGUUUGAUAAAAGCAACACGACCUUUUGAGAGACUCAGUGUUGACUUUAAAGGAUCUUUGCCUUCUAAUUCUCACAAGUAUCUUAUUACUGCCAUUGAUGAAUACUCUUGCUUCCCUUGUCCCGACAUGAGUGCUUCAACUAUCGAAAAAUGUUUUUGUAAGUUUUUCUCCUUCUUUGGUAUGCACUUCUCAAUUCAUUCUGACAGGAGGACAAGGUUCAUGUCCAAUGAACUGAAAUUAUUUUUACAUAGCAAGGGAAUUGCUACGAGUAGAACUACGACAUUUAACUCCAGAGAAAAUGGUCAGGAUGGAAGAGAAACUACAGUGUCUCUAAGUCAGUUAGCUCCACCCAAAGGAAAGGACCCGGCAGACCUUCAUGCUCAAGAGCCAGCCCUUAUCUCGCAGCAGCCCCCGGAUCAGCCACACCUGCGUAAAGACAUGAGUACCCCUCACGCAAGACUUACUAACACUUGUGAACAAUAUGAACAUUCUCCUCUUGUGAAGGGAGCUGUCGAUCAAACCCAAGACAUACUUGCACUACCUGAUGAAGCACAUGAUGUGAAGUCUUCUGUUGACUAUAACACUAACCAAAAUGAAUCCCCAAACUCCAAUACUAACGCUAAUCAUUCCACUAAUUCGCCAUCACACCGUCACCACACGUUCUUUAUCAGAACCAGGCCUUGCAACUUGCGUAAUAGAGAAGCCUAG